AUGGGUCGAAAGGAAGAAGUUGACUGCAGUUCCUGGAAGAAACAGACCACCAACAUCCGGAAAACAUUCAUCUUCAUGGAAGUGCUGGGAUCGGGAGCUUUUUCAGAAGUUUUCCUGGUGAAGCAAAGGAUGACUGGGAAGCUCUUUGCCCUCAAGUGCAUCAAGAAGUCACCUGCCUUCCGGGACAGCAGCCUGGAGAACGAGAUCGCUGUGUUGAAAAAGAUCAAGCAUGAAAACAUUGUGACCCUGGAAGACAUCUAUGAGAGUACCACUCACUACUACCUGGUCAUGCAGCUUGUUUCUGGAGGGGAGCUCUUUGACCGGAUCCUGGAGCGGGGCGUCUACACAGAAAAGGAUGCCAGCCUGGUGAUCCAGCAGGUCUUAUCAGCAGUGAAAUACCUCCAUGAGAAUGGCAUUGUGCACAGAGAUUUAAAGCCUGAAAACCUGCUGUACCUCACCCCUGAGGAGAAUUCUAAGAUCAUGAUCACAGACUUUGGUCUGUCCAAGAUGGAACAGAGCGGUGUCAUGUCCACUGCCUGUGGGACUCCAGGCUAUGUGGCUCCAGAAGUGUUGGCUCAGAAACCCUACAGCAAGGCUGUGGAUUGCUGGUCCAUUGGCGUCAUCACCUACAUUCUGCUGUGUGGGUAUCCCCCUUUCUACGAAGAAACUGAGUCUAAGCUUUUUGAGAAAAUCAAGGAGGGCUACUAUGAGUUUGAGUCUCCAUUCUGGGAUGACAUCUCUGAGUCAGCCAAAGAUUUCAUUUGCCACUUGCUGGAGAAGGACCCAAGUGAGCGAUACACCUGUGAGAAGGCCUUGAGGCACCCCUGGAUUGAUGGGAACACAGCCCUCCACUGGGACAUCUACCCGUCAGUCAGCCUCCAAAUCCAGAAGAACUUUGCCAAGAGCAAGUGGAGGCAAGCCUUCAAUGCGGCCACCGUGGUACACCACAUGAGAAAGCUGCACAUGAACCUGCACAGCCCUUUGGUCCGCCCAGAGGUGGACAGCAGGCUGCCUGUCAUUCAAGUCCUGGAAGCCUCUAGGCCCUGUUCCCCCGAGAUCACCAUCACCGAGGCACCCGCCCUGGACCAGAGUGUUGCCCUCCCAGCCCUGACCCGGCUGCCCUGCCAGCAGAGCCCCUGUCCCACUGCCCCUGGAGGCAGGUCCCUCAACUGCCUGGUCAACGGCUCCCUCCGCAUCAGCAGCAGCCUGGUGCCCAUGCAGCAGGGACCCCUGGCCGUGGGGCCGUGUGGCUGCUGCGCCAGCUGCCUGAGCCUCAGGAGCAAAGGGAAGUCCUCCUACUGCUCUGAGCCCACGCUCCUGAGAAAGGCCAACAGAAAACAGCAUUUCAAAUCAGAAGUCAUGGUGCCAGUGAAAACCAGUGGCAGCUCCCACUGCCGGGCUGGGCAGACUGGGGUCUGUCUCAUUAUGUGA